CCUCAGUGCCGUAGCCUUGCUCUAGGAAGCCGUGAAGACCGUGGCCGUGAUAAUAGUUUUCCCACAAGAUGGCGUUUAUAGUGCCUUGAAAGAAAAAGUAAUGUCCACGCCCACUAAAAGCCUUCAGUGGUAAUUUCGAGGCGUACUUAACACUAAACCGGUUGCAAAUAGCGUUGUAGCCUAAUACGAAAUGAGAGAAUUUGUGAUAUGGCAGCUCAACGUAGUGGAAUAUUAAAAGAAUUUAAGUGUGUCUAGUUCCUUGGUGACUUCCUGAUUACUGUGUCUGAAGUAUCUAUGCUUGGUUUUGAGAUGCAGCAGUCUAUAUGCAACGUGUACAGCUAUGCCCAGCCAGCUGCCCUACACGCUAAUGGGACCAAUGGCCCGCGGCCCUCGUACGCGCUGGGCGGCGGCAAGGCGGGGGCGGCGCGCGGCCUAGGGGCCGGCGGCGGCGCUGCCAUGGCGCAGACCCAGCCCGCCAACUCCACCACCUACCGGGGCGGCGGGGGCGGCUCGUGGGGCGGCGCGCCCGCCCCCUACGCCUCGCUCAGGUACCCCGCGCCCGUGGGUCCCGCCGCCAAUGCCUACACCGCUUCCUACUCGCAUCACCAGUCGUACGGCCCCCAGCGCGUCCCCACCGCGACCUCCCCCUCCAACACGAACAGCAGCUCAAGUUCCAACACUGGUUCACAGAGCGGCACCCACAGCACCAGCCUGAGCAACAACCUGGGCCCGGGCCAGCCGGGCCUGGCCGGCGGGGAGCAGCUCAGCAAGACCAACCUGUACAUCCGCGGCCUCAACCAGAACACCACCGACAAGGACCUCGUCAACAUGUGCAUGAGUUAUGGAACAAUAAUCUCGACGAAGGCAAUUUUGGAUAAAAACACAAAUAAGUGUAAAGGGUAUGGCUUCGUCGACUUCGACAGCCCCGUGUCUGCGGAGGCGGCUGUGAAGGCCCUACAGGCCAAGGGCAUACAAGCGCAGAUGGCGAAAGUGGGUAUCUCGUGGACGCGUAGCCGUAGACUGCCCACUCAACAAGAGCAGGACCCCACCAACCUGUACAUCGCCAACCUGCCGCUCAACUUCAAGGAGACUGACCUGGACCAGCUGCUCAACAAGUACGGCCAGGUGGUGUCCACCAGGGUGCUGCGAGACACCAGCGGCCAGAGCAAGGGCGUCGGCUUCGCCAGGAUGGACUCGAAGGAGAGGUGCGAGCACAUCAUCACGAUGCUGAACGGCAAGAUGAUCCCCGGCUCCAAGGAGCCGCUGCUGGUCAAGUUUGCGGACGGCGGCAACAAGAAGCGCAGCCUGUACAAGAGUAGUCCGGACCAGCGCAUGUGGCGGGACCUGAACGAUUCGGUGGUGUUCCAGCCGGGCGGGGGCUACGACCCGAGCGGCAUGGCGCAGAACGGCGUGGCGAGCCAGCACGUGCUGCCGGCGGCGCUGGCGGCGCAGUACGGCCGUCACUUCGGAGCCCAGGCUGUGCAGGGCUACUCGCUGCCGGGCGCCCCCUGGCCCGUGCCCCAGUACGUCAUGCCCGCCACCCACAUGGCCCAGGUCGAGAUGAUGCCGUCAGCGGACCCCAGCUCGGUUCAGUACGGCCAGAUGAUUCCGCAGCUUGCGACACACAUGUCGGCGUUGCAGCUCGGCACGACUGGUUCAUACAUCGCAAGUCCACACCCGUACUCAUUCUACCCCGGGGCUGGUGCGUCGAUAAUACACACGAUGCCAAUAGCAGACGCCGAGCCGGUCUCCACGGCCGCUUCGCCAGACGACACGUACCAACAGUACGCCCAGAGCCAGCCUCCAAAGUAGGCACGGCUGCGUGCAAGGUGUGUGCUUGCAGGUUCUAACGGAGAAGCCCAUUUCAAACCAAAUUUCUGAAAUGUUGACGACGUGCAGAAUCUUGGAGAGCCUUUGUAGCGAAAAAGGAUUCCCAACCUCAGACACCAAAGGAAACCAAAGUUCGAGGAAUAUUUUGAAGAUUAGGAAUAAUGAUGAAUCCACAAGGACUUGCCACCAUCCUGUCCUACAGUUGUGUAUUAUAUCUAAUAAGUAUAGUUUAUUAUUUUUUUACAUUAGUGAAAAUAAUUGUUUAGCUGUCUACAUAUUGUUUUCAUAUAGUUUGUGAUAAAAAAAAUGCUUUAUGAUGUUGUUUUUUAGAUUUGUAAAGUCAUACGUUAUUUAUUUUGCUACAAUUCACACAGUUGUACAGUGCAGCAAUUAUUAUUUUAAGUUGACCAAACGGCCCGGCUUCCAGCAGCACUGUCACGAUGACUGUUGACGCAGGUUGGAAGCAGUUCUGGAGUUUCAAGGAAAUUUCAUGUUCCCACUGCAUGUUUUUGUACAGUAGAAAGAUAUUUCUAAUUCCCUUCACGAUGCUCAGUUGUGUAAAUGAUUGAUACUUGAGCAAAAUAUUUCUUCCAGUCACAAAUUUAUACAUUUUAUAAAAUAACCUUUUUACAAAUUAUUGGAUUUUGACCAUUUUUUUUAAUUUUAAGUUUUGUAAUUGUUUUUUUACAAACUACUAACACUGUAAAAUUCCCAAUCGUCAAAAGCUGCAAAUAGUUUUACUCUUUUAAUUGCUUACAAUUUUUGUAUUUACUGUUGGAUUACAAAACAGUAAAAUGAGAAUUCAUAUUUUUUUGUUGUUGUUGGCUGUGUGCUUAUAGAAGCUUGAAAAAGCAGACAAAAUUAAAUUUUCCAGAAGUUUCUUAUCCCUGGAAUGUCGUAGCCGCAAGUUUGAACGAACUGCUGAGGCAUCACAGAUAGGAGACUGCAAGUAGUGUUUACGACAUAUCAAGCAGUGGUUUUGUGGAGUCUGUUGUUAGUUUCCACCCUGUCGCACGUUCACGGAACUGACUGCAGUGGGAGAGGGGGGGUGCUUUCGUAGAACAUAAGUUUCACCAAAGCGCCAGAUAUUUUUGAUACAAUAUGUCACAUGCAGCAUCUAAAUUAUGUCAACAAAACCAGUUUCGUGACGGGAUGUACGUGACUUAGACCAGUGCCUACCAAGUAAUUUUGAUUUCUAGCCAUUGGUACAGUGUUCACUCAAAAAGAGUGUCUUCUCAACAUAAUUUUCAAUAUGCAGCAUUAAGCAUGAUCAUGUGUAAGGAUCAAUGAUUCCUUUAGAUCAAUUUGUUUUUUGAUACUGUUGUUAGAUGUUCCGUGGUGUUGAUUGCAACUCUCGCAUAUCUGUUGCUCCAUUUUCCAUCACUAGUUAAAAAAGUGUGUCUUUUAAAAAGUACUUGUUUUUUUGUACAUCUGAAAUGGUAUGUAGGUCAAAUGUAAGUGUAAAAUGCAAUUGGUUUCAAGCGUUAGGUUUGUUACUUUCUGUUGGUGCUACAUAUUAACAUUCGCUGUUUUGAUACAGUUAAGUUCUUACAAAAUGUUUUUGUGUGACUUAUAACUAGAAGAGGAGUGGGAGAUAGUGCAUGUGUACAUAUACAUAUUAGAAAAUUUUAAAACUGAGCAGAAUGCAUGGAUUACAAGGUUUUUUUUUUAUCUGGCACUAUGAACUGGUUUUUUUUACAUUCCAAUGGAUGAAGGCAGUGCUAACGUGUAGUAUUUUUCAGCUAAACAGUAAUGUUUGUUCUUAGAUGGCCAUGGACAGUCAGAAUAAUUCACUUGUGAAAAAGGAGUUGCAUGUUUUAGGAGUAAAUUUGUUUGUAAAAAGUAUACUUUUCUGUUCAGAUAUUAUGUGCCUUUCCAAAAUAUUCAAACAGGGAAAAAUACUUAUAAAACAAAUUACAUAGCCAAAUUGGUCUUCUAGGUCUUUUUUCAAUGUUGUAGAAAUCGGGAUGUGCCACAGGUUUUUUAUCACCUAGAGCAGAUAGCAGGUGCAUGCUUGCCAGAUGUAAUGUUAGUGUCACUUUUUUAAAUUCUGAUAGCCAAUAAGAUGUUAGCUCAGUUUAAAAAUUUGUUACAUUAUUAUUUAUGUUUUAUUUACAACUGUUUCUUAAUUGUAGAGACAAGUACCUAUUUGCUCGUGGAGAGACUAUUAGACCAUAGCAAGAAAAGAUCGGAAGGCAAAGAUGCUGAAACUGGCAUCUACUAUUAUGUAGCUAUAUGUAGUUGGAAGGGAAAGAUGAUGUUUAAGUUAUUAGAUAAUUUUGUUAAAAAUGAACUACGCAGCAAGAUAUUUACUGUCGAGAUGUUGAUUUCUUUCCAAGAAUACACGGUACCAAAGAGGGUUCCACUGACUAACUUAGCCGUAGUGAAUGUUGCAUUUUUUAAUUGUAAAAGAGGAUUAUUACUCAAGUAAGAUUUUACGCUGUUGAAAACUUAUAUGACGUAAUAUAUUUAGUUUAUUUUGGUACAUCUGAAUUUGAUGGUGAAAUGGUAAAAGAACUAUUUUUUAAUGAUCACGUUAAAAGACGGAGUCCAUGAUUGUGCAUUUUUUUUUCCAAGUGCGCAUGAAGCAAGAUUACUGCUCACCAAACACGUGGGAAAAGACAUUGUAAAUAUUCAUGUUAGGAGCUAAAAGAAGAUUUAACUACUACUGUAAUUUAUUGGUUGUGGUGGGGUUUCCUUGGAACAAGCACCAUGCCACGUUGGUGCAAGCGUCUUAGCUUAGACCUUAGUGUGUAGAUACAGUGUGGUUUCAAAUUAACAUAGCAUAGUCUCCAUGUUUUAUGAACUUGCCAGUCGUGGAACUUGGGUAUCGCUCGCUGCUUCUAUUUCUCUAGGCUAGAUGAAUAAAUAAUUGUUGAUAUUUUUUAGGGUAACCCGUACUGCUUUUUCACAAUGCGCAGUGUUGUGCUUGUAUUGAGAUAUCCAAGUUUCAACAGGGGUUCACCUUGUCUCUAGUUCGUAAGUCUGAUGUCUCUUUGUUCUUAGUUUUUAACAUGAGAAAAAAAAUCUAUUAUAAUUUUUGAGGUACUGUUUUUUCUAAAUUAAAUGUGUUUUUGUUGUGUUGAUAAAUGUAAAAUGUUACAAAAAAAAAAGAUAAACUAUCUGUUGUGUCUGUCCGAAUGUGUUGGUUUUAUGUGGUUUUUGUGUAAAAGAAAACUAUAAUAUAUAAAUCAAGUAGUUGCUAGGAAAAAAAAAUUGUAGUUGUUUGGAAUGAAGAUUUGUAGUUAGUAGUUUUAGGAUGAAUAGUUGAUAAUUUAAGGUGGUUUGGAGGCUGAGUCAUAGCAAGAGACUGUUCUCACACGCUCGGUCCAAGCCAAUUGCUCGAUCACAGAUGGAACUAAAGGCCAGUUAGGGCAGAUUGACAGGUUUUAAGUGUCCUUAGUUCAUUCUUCCUCUAUUUACCUAGUCUUUCCAAAAAAUUUACCUGUAUUUAUACUGUACUUUAACUGCACUAUCUUUUGUUAGUUUGUGCAUGACAUUAAGUUACAAAAAAAUUGUUGGUGUUUUUUCAAAUCAAAAUAUAUUUGUACUGUAUAAAUUAAGUUUGUACUAAAGUGUCAGUCAACAAAAUUUUUUUAAUUAUGUAUAAUUAAAGUCUGUAGCUCAGUGGUUUUAUAAAGUAUGGUUAUUUUUUUUGUCAGAUGUAGUAAAUGUUCCAAAAGAAAACAUGUUAGUCUGUGUAAACAUAGUUUUUGUGACUAUCUGUGCAGAAUUUUUUAUCAUAAUGUGUUCUAUACUCAUAACUCAAAUGCAAAAAAAAGCCUGACUAAAACUAUUGUUUUUUAAAAAAAAAACUAGGUUUUGUGCAUUAUUAGUGGGAGUAAAAUCCUGCAAAUGUAGCAAGGACAAUUUACAUAUAAAAGGAAAACAUAUUAAUGACAAUGAAAUGAAAAGUUUAUUUUGUUACAGAAGUUUUUGUGAAGAAAAAAAUAGAUUUUUCUUGUUGUGUCUAAUAAGAGUUGUGGUGUUUGAUAUAAUAGCAUAGGCUUAAUUUUCUUCGCCUUUUGAGUGGUUUUGUGAAAAUGCUCGGACCAGAAUGUGGAAGCAGCAAGCUAGACCGAUGUAGAGAAGUAAAGUUUUUUCUGUUGGGAUGUUUUCAAACAGAAUGUUUCACGACGUAGUUCCUCGUAGAUGUCAAAGACAGAAAGGAAAAAAAAAAAAAAAGCACAGCUAUGUUUCAGCCUCGGAAAUAUAAGGUUAAGAAUUAGUCGCAGAGUUCAUUUAGAAAAUAAAAUAAAAAAAGGUUUUGAAAAAGUUUUUAUUUGCAUUCCGGUCUUCCUGCAGUGUGUGUUUAGGUGUGAACUAAGUCGGAGCCCCGCGAGUGGGCCACAAACAUUUGACAGUGAUACGUGCGCCCCCGGGAAACGUGGUUUAGUAUUUCUUUUCUCCAGUUAGCAGUUUGUGAGACGGAUAGCGUGCGUGUUCGUCGCUGUGCGAAGGCUGUGCUGAGUAUCUUGUGAACGCUACUCGUGGAGGCGGGGAAGAAGUUCGGUGAUCCGCGGGCUUGUUGCUUGGCAGAGACAUUCCUGUUUUUUGUACAUAACACGGCAGGUAGUUGUAUUUAUUGUUUUUUUUUGAUAAAACUAAUGUUGCAAGUUGAAUGGCCACAAGAGAUUCAGCCCCCAAGGAGGAAAAGCUGCAGUUGUACUUGCGAUGGGAAAAGAUUUCAACUUUGUAAGUGUCUGUUGUUUGGCUUUGUGAAUCAUUGUAGAUGCAACUAUUUUUUUGUUGCCUACAAGUGGAUCCAUUUUGUGAUCAAUAAAACGAUCCAUGUAAGAAAA